AAAUUUGGCUUCAUACAUAUUCCUUUGAAGGACCUUCUAUAAAAUGAUCAUGGUAAACUAUGCAUUCAUAACAAUCUGGAUUAAUGGGGCAUCAAGCAGAUGAAUUCCUCUCGCCCCAUGUUCUAUUCAUGCCGAUACCAUUACAAAGCCCCGUAAAUUGUAUGCUUAAGCUGGCUGAGCUUCUUUGCAUGGCUGAUAUUCAUGUCACAUUUCUUAACAUUGACCAUUUCCACUCCCGUCUCCUCCAGUACACUGACGUCGAAUCUCGGUUUUCCAAAUAUCCGGGCUUUUGUUUCCAGACUAUCUCUGAUGGCCUGCCUAAAGAUCACCCUCGCUGCGCCGAUAAAUUUUACGAGAUGAUGGAUGCUAUGGAAAACGUAGUGCAGCCACUUUUAAUGAAGAAGCUGAGAAGUGGAAGCUUGAGCAGCAAGUCCUCUGGCAAUAAGGCUCUACCAAUUACAUGCAUUAUUUCAGAAGCCAUUAUAGGAUGUGCUCUUGAUAUAUCACAACAAAUCAAUGUUUCACUCUUAUAUUUCGAUACAAUUAGUCCUUGUGCUGUUUGGACUUAUUUAUGCCUUCCUAAACUCAUCGAAGCAGGGGAGGUUCCUUUUAAAGAUAAUGACAUGGACGCUAGCAUAGGAUGUGUACCAGGCAUGGAAAGUUUUCUCAGGCGUCGUGAUCUCCCUCAUUUUUGUCGAGUCCAUGACAUCUCAGAUCAGAGCAUUCAAUUGGCAUUGAAGGAGGCACGCCAAUUGCCCAAAGCACAAGGCAUCAUACUGAACACGUUUGAACACCUUGACAAAGCCAUACUCUCUCUAAUUGGAAAUCUUUGUCCGAACCUCUAUGCUAUAGGUCCACUACAUUCACUCUACAAUACAAAGGUUGCAGCAUGCAUUAAACCUCCAGAGCCUAAUUCCACCAAUAGUCUCUGGAAAGAAGACAGAAGCUGCUUAACUUGGCUCAAUGCACAAGCACCAAAAAGUGUAUUAUAUGUUAGCAUUGGAAGUCAAGUGCCUAUGACAAUAAACCAAAAGAUGGAGCUAUGGCAUGGCCUAGUGAAUAGUGAAUCAAGAUUCUUGUGGAUCAUUAGGCCUGGAUCCAUAAUCGGAGAAACAAGUGAGGACGUGGAAGUUUUGGAGAGGCAUACCAAAGAGAGGGGGUGUAUUGUGAGUUGGGCACCUCAAGAAGAGGUGCUAGCACAUGAAGCCAUUGGGGGAUUUUUCACACAUAGUGGAUGGAAUUCAACUCUGGAGAGUAUCGUUGCGGGUGUGCCAAUGAUCUGUUGGCCAUGCUAUGUAGACCAACAAGUAGUUAGUAGGUACACUAGUAUGGUCUGGAAAAUUGGACUUGACAUGAAAGAUGUUUUGGAUCGAGUCAUGGUUGAGAAGAUGGUAAGGGAACUUAUGGUAUCGAGGAGGAAUGAGUUCCUGAAAUCAGCUACUGAGACUGCAAAACUGGCAAAAGUGAGCGUAAGUGAAGGUGGGAGUUCAAGUUGCAGUUUAGACAGGCUGAUUGAGGACAUUAGAUUCAUGAGCUUACCAGCACCAAAGCUGUCUGGAACCUAAACGAUUUUUCAAUGAAUGAAAUUUCUAAGAUAUGUUUACAGUUGCAAGUACACAGCACAAUCUAAAUAAAAACUUGCUUUCUCA